AUGUCUUACGCAUACCUAUUCAAGUACAUCAUCAUCGGUGACACUGGCGUUGGCAAGUCCUGCCUCCUCCUUCAGUUCACGGACAAGCGCUUCCGGACCGACCACGACCUCACCAUUGGUGUCGAGUUUGGCGCGCGCCUCAUCACUAUCGACCACAAACAGAUCAAGCUACAGAUCUGGGACACCGCCGGCCAGGAGUCGUUCAGGUCCAUCACGAGGCCGCUCGCCAGCGGGCUCGCGCGGCGGAAGGCGCACCGCGGCGGCGGCUCGCGGCGGCUCUCCUCGCAGGAGCCCGCCGCGGACACCGCCGCGGCGCCGCCCGGGCGGCAGAGACCAGCGGGGCUCGCCGAGAUGCGGGAGAGGCCGGAGUUCCAUAGUGCAGAGCACACGCUGGGCGUGUGGCGCGCUGCGUCAUCACGGGAGCGCGCGUGUGUGCCACAGAACAUGGGUGAUCCAGAAGUUUCUGGCAAGGUAGUGCAAUUCGACGGGCAGCCAUCGGUGCACAUGCCCGAUGCCAGACACGGGUACGCCGACAGGCGCCUGGCGCGCCCACCUCCGCCGUGCAGAGGCCGCCUGCGGCUCGGCCGAGGUUUGCUGGGCCGCAACGCUGCGAUCUACACCUACGUUGAUCGCGCUCGUAAGCUCAUCGGCCAGAGCAACGUCGCGCAGCUGGCCACGUUUGCGAACGCGCUUGCGCGGCUGGAGGUCCGGGACGAGCAGAUGCUGACGGAGCUGGCCCGCGCGCUGCGGGGGAAGUUCCGCAAGUGCAACACGUUCCAGGCCGCCAACAUCGCCAACGCUUUCGCCCGCCUCGUCUUCGCGGAGAGGACUGUCUUCCUGCAGCUUCUGCCCGCCUACGUCACGGCCCACAGCCGGCGCUUCAGCGUCAAGGACAUAGCGCAGGUGCUGAACGCCUACGCAAAGGUGCAGCUCCGCAGCACCAGCGUCUUCUCGUCCCUCGCGGGGCGCUGUCGCGCGCAGGUGCCCCGGAUGGAUUGCCACGCUCUCAGCGUUGUCGCCAACGCACACGCACGCCUGCUGGUACGUGACCAGCCGCUUUUCGAGGACAUGGCGCGGCAGCUGCAGUCGUGCGAGCACGCGUGCUCGCCGCAGGCGAUCUCCAACCUGCUCCACGCGUACGCCAAGCUGACGCCAGGCGACGCGGCUCCAGAGAUGGAGGGCGAGGGCGGCGACGCGGACGCGGCGCGGUGGCUCGGGCUGGUGGACAGCGUGUUCAGCUGCCUCCUGGCGCAGAUGGCACGCCUCCACGAGGGCGCGACGGCCCAUGGGAUCUGCGUCAUGGCCCACGCUGCGGCCAAGGUUGGUCAGCACCGACGCCAGCCACGCGUGCCAGCCACGCUAGCGGAGUUGGCGCUGGGCGCUGGGCUCGAGGCGUUCGCCCCCAGCCAACUCAGCAUGCUGGCGGUGGCCUUCGGGGAGAUGUGGCCGCUGGGCGGCGGCGGCGCCGCCGGCGACGGCGAGGACAGGGAGCGGUUCUGGGAGGCGCUCGCCUCCGCGGCGCGGGCGAGGGGCGGCGAGCUCGGGGCCGCGGACGCCGCGAACUGCGCCCUGGCGUUCGCCGCCAGCGGCCUCCCCACGGACACCGUCGUGCAGCUGGCCCUGGGGCGGCGUUGCCGAGAGGAGGAGCCGCCCCCCGGCGUGGCGGCCGCGAUGCUCGCCGCACACGCGCUCUCCGGCCUGCAGGACGAGGUUCUCCUCCCCAGCGUCGCCGCGCACGCGCCCAACAUCCUGUGGCAG